GAAGGCUUGAAAGCCUGCCUGGCCGUCCGCGACCGGAAGUGUCCGGUCGGAACCAGCCCUGCGGGAGAGAAAGCUCUUGAAACUAAAUAAGACCCUUCACAAAACAGAAGUGGAGUUUUUGAUUAUAUAUAAUACCCUAAGAUGACCACAGAAUCGGUGGCUCAAAACCUUCAGGAAGAUGAAGGAUUUAUCAUCGUAAAGAUCGAAGAGGAAGAUUUUAUCUGGAGGCAGGAAACGUGCUUUCUGAAAAGUGAUCCCCUGAGACAGGAGCUUUGCCGGCAGCUUUUUCGGCAGUUCUGCUACCAGGAUUCCCCUGGGCCGCGCGAGGUCCUGAGCCGCCUCAGGGAGCUCUGCCGCCAGUGGCUGAAGCCGGAGACCCACACCAAGGAGCAGAUGCUGGAACUGCUGGUCCUGGAGCAGUUCCUGACCAUCCUGCCCGGGAACCUGCAGGCCUGGGUCCGUGAGCAUUACCCAAAGAGUGGAGAGGAGGCCGUGACCAUCGUGGAAGACUUGGAGAAAGGCGCGCAUGAAGUUGUACUCCAGGUUCCAGUACAUGGAUAUGGACAGGAAAUAUUCAAGAAAAAGGCAGUGCCUCCUGGACCAGGACUUAAUGCCCAGUUUCAGCCAGUGGACACAAAGAUCCUUCAUGGUUCUUCGGAAACCCUGCUCCUUCUAGACUGUGAUCAUGAGAGUGAAAACACUGGAUCCCUGCCAAAACUAGACAUUUAUGAAAAAAUAGAAUCACAGGGAAUUGUGUCAGGAAGAAUCUCGGGAUUCAAAUCAGAAGGAUCUGCUGAACCUCAAGACAUCUGCAAGUCUGCGAGCAAAAUUAAGAAGUCCUGGGGGGAAGGAGCAGGGGAGACUCGGAAAACAUCUGCUCAGGAUGGAGGUUACAGUAAAAUCCUUACCCACAAAAAUACACUUACAGCUGACAUAAGUCAUGAAGGAUGUGAGAGAAGCUUCGCUCUCAGCUCAAAUGAAUUUACACCCCAGAACUCUUAUAAACACAGUGCUUAUGACCAAAGUUUCAAAUGGAAUUCAAAUUUUAUUAAGCAUCAAAAAACUUACGCUGGAGAAAACAUUUAUCAAUAUGGAAAAUCUCUCAAGAACCCAAACCUCAUUAAACAUACGACUAUUUUCAGUGGCGAGAAAUCCCAUCAAUGCAGGGAAUGUGGGAAGGCUUUCCGACACAGCUCAAAACUUACUAGGCAUCAGCGAAUCCACACUGGAGAGAGACCCUAUGAAUGUACUGAGUGUGGGAAGGGCUUUGGCGGGAGCUCAGAUCUCAUUAGACAUCAGAGAGUUCACACUGGAGAAAGACCCUUUAAAUGCAAAGAGUGUGGCAGAGCAUUUAGCCUGAACUCACACCUUAUCCUGCAUCAAAGAAUACACACCAGAGAGAAACCCUAUGAAUGUAGUGAAUGUGGAAAAACCUUCCGAGUUAGCUCACACCUGAUUCGGCACCUGAGAGUCCACACCGGAGAGAAACCUUAUCAGUGCAGUGAGUGUGGAAGAGCUUUCAGUCAGAGCUCACACCUUAGUCAACAUCAGAGAAUUCACAAGCGGGAAAACCUACUGAUGUAAGAGCAAAAUGUGAAAACGCUGAAUUAAAAAAAUAACUG